AUGUUGAAUAUUUCAUCUAUAAUUCAGUUGCCUGAGGAGAAAGAUACAACAGCUAGCAAAGAAGUGCAAACAGAAGAAGAAGAGCACGAAAAUGCUGAAGAAGUAAAAACAUAUGAAAAGACAGGAGAAAAUGAACACAAAAAUGCAGAGCCAGGCUAUGAUUCUCCCGUCAUUGUAGAAGCCUCUAGAGAUGCUGAUGCUAAGAUUUCACAUAAGAAAUCCCGUAAUAUCCUUUCGGGUAUCAAGCAUUCAAUAUCCAAGGUGAAGAAAGCCAUUACCGGCAAGUCUUCUCAUUCAAAGACACAAUCAGAAAAAUAA